AUGACUGAUUACUCCUCGUGGAAGGUCCCCGAUCUAAAGGCAGAGCUGAAGACUCGCGGCAUCCCUCAGACUGGCUUGCGCCUUAAGCAACAAAUCAUCGACAAGCUAGUCGAGGAGGAUGGCAAGGCGCAACCUGAGGGAGGUGCCGUCGCUCCCUCUGAACCUGAGCCAGAGUCUCAAUCAGAGACCGAGGUAGGGUCUGAGGCUCCGCAGGAACAUGUCCCAGAUACUGCCUCUCCAGCGCAAGAAUCGCAAUCUGAACACUCGGCCGAAGAGCCUCAGAAAGAGGAACCUGCACCCCAAGAAGAACCCGCUCAACCCAUCCCUACGCACGACGAAGAAAAGCGCGAGAAUGAUACAGCCCCGGAGCCCAAAGUGUCUGUCGACGAGGCGAUAAAGGAAGAGGACAAGCCAACCCAAGACGUGGAAAUGGCCGAAGCUGCAGCGCCCGAGGAAACGGCAAAGGAGGAGGACAAGCCAACUGAGGAUGUGAAAGUGACGGAAGCUGCAGUGCCCGAGGAGUUGGCAGAGGACGAGAAGAAGCCAAUUUUGGACACGGAGAUGACCGACGCUGCAGUGAUCGGUGAUGGAGAGCUGUUGAAACCGGCUGAACAGGCUCCUGCGGAUAUUUCUGAGCCCACAAAACCCGUUGCGCCUUCCCUCGUUGAGCCUUCAGCGCCUGUUCUUCCCCAGACAUCCGAGGCGAAUACCGGAUUCUCCACACCUCUUCCCAUUGAAGAGGCGUUGGAAGACAAACGCACGCGCAAGCGUCGCAGCCAGAGCCCCGUGCCUACCCCGGAAACCAUGGCACACAAGAAAGCUCGAACAGAAAAAAGUAGUCCCGGGGCUGAAGAUCUUUCUACUCAGGACAAAGAAACCUUGGAAUCUAUUGCAGAGGAACAGAGUGCGUCUACAGUUAAGCCCACGGCCAGGCAAGCUCCAUCUGGUCCGGCAAAAGAUGCUCGCUUCCGAGGUCUUUUUGCUCCUACCCGUGCAGCGCCCGCCCAAGUAUCUCCGCCAGUUGGGGAUAUUACAAUGGAAGAUGCGGAAGUCGAACCAGCUUUACACCCCGCGACUGCUGCUCUCUACAUUGAUGGGUUGAUGCGCCCGAUGCAGCCACAGGCACUCCGAAAGCACUUGGUCAGUCUCGCAACGGCACCUGGUUCCGAGCCCAACCCGGCUGUCAUCCAAGACUUCUUCCUCGACGCUAUCAAAACCCACUGCUUUGCAGCAUUCAUUGACUUGGCCUCCGCAUCGCGAGUUCGCGCUGCUAUUCACAACACGACCUGGCCGAACGAGCGUAACCGCAAAACUCUCCGGGCCGACUUCAUCCCCGAAGAUCGGGUUAAAGAAUGGAUUCAAACAGAGGAAGCAUCCCGCAGCCGGGAAGGCCCGCCUGUCCGCUGGGAGGUGCGAUAUGAGUCUAGUGAGGGUAACGAGGGAAUGUCUGCAAUUCUUGCGGAAUCAGACGGGCUCCACCCGCGCGCUGCACCACCGCGACCCCGGGAGGCUGGUUUCAACAGAACCCCACCUUUGGGCCCACGCGGCAGUGUUGCGCAGACGGAUCGCCGGCAGUCCAAUGCUCCCCCUGCACCUCAAUCGCAACCUGGACAAGGCUUCAAACCUUUGGACGAACUUUUUGAAUCUACCACCACGAAACCCAAGCUUUACUACCAGCGGGUUCCUCGUAAGGUUGCCGACAAGCGUUUGGAUCAGUUUGAUGAGUUGUUGAGCAAGGGUUCGUUCCCACGCCGUGGGGGUGAUGAAACACGCCGCAUUACUUUUGAAGAUGAUGAUCGCUUUGUGGACAUUGGACCUGAAUACGGCGCUAGAACUAUGCAGCGACGUCAGGGACGAGGACGUCCUGGAGGUGGUCGACGAGGCCGUGAUCACCGUGACAACUGA